AGAUCCAUAGCCCACGAGGACCUCCACGUCCACGGUCCACCGGGCAAAAGAGGCAGAGCACCAUACCAGAGGAGCGAGGCCGAGACGGGCAAGGGCAGCAUCCGGGUCUCACCGUGCAGUGGAACAGAGGAAAACCACCCGGACCCUUCCCGGCUGCCUCUCGUCACCCCCUCCAUUUCCGACCUCCCCACGAUCCCCGCACCCGAACCUCGAUCCGCGCGAACCCCUCUCACCGACGGGAGCACGGCUGCGCCGGCGCUGAAGACGAGAUCCGGCAAGCCCCAUCCCCGCGGCCGGCCGCAGCCACACCCCGCAUGUCCGCCGUCCGUCGAUAGGCAGGACAAUCCAGAUCCGGCGAGCCAGCGAGAUCCCACCGCGCUGCGCGCCGAUGGCGGGCGCAGUGUCGGCGCUGUUCCUGCUGGACAUCAAGGGUCGCGUCCUCGUCUGGCGCGACUUCCGCGGCGACGUCACCGCCGUCCAGGCCGAGCGCUUCUUCACCAAACUCCUCGACAAGGAGGGGGAUGCGGAGGCGCACUCGCCGGUGGUGUACGAUGACGCUGGCGUCACCUACAUGUUUAUUCAGCAUAACAAUGUCUUCCUCCUCACCGCCUCCCGCCAGAACUGCAACGCCGCCAGCAUUCUCCUCUUCCUCCAUCGCGUCGUUGAUGUGUUCAAGCACUAUUUCGAGGAAUUGGAGGAGGAAUCGCUGAGAGAUAACUUCGUUGUUGUGUAUGAGUUGCUUGAUGAGAUGAUGGAUUUUGGCUACCCUCAAUACACUGAGGCGAAGAUCUUGAGCGAGUUCAUCAAGACAGACGCAUACAGGAUGGAGGUCACACAGAGGCCACCAAUGGCUGUAACGAAUGCUGUCUCAUGGCGGAGUGAGGGGAUUCGGUACAAGAAGAACGAAGUGUUCUUGGAUGUAGUGGAGAGUGUUAACAUCCUUGUUAACAGCAAUGGGCAGAUUGUGAGAUCAGAUGUUGUUGGGGCACUGAAAAUGCGAACAUAUUUGAGUGGAAUGCCCGAAUGCAAACUUGGGUUAAAUGACAAGGUUCUUUUAGAGGCUCAGGGGCGAGCAACUAAAGGGAAAGCAAUAGAUCUUGAUGAUAUCAAAUUUCAUCAGUGUGUACGGUUGGCUAGAUUUGAGAAUGAUAGGACCAUAUCCUUCAUACCUCCGGAUGGAGCUUUUGAUCUAAUGACAUACAGGCUUAGCACUCAGGUAAAACCUCUUAUCUGGGUGGAAGCCCAAGUUGAAAAACAUUCAAGAAGUCGGAUAGAAUUCAUGGUUAAGGCAAGAAGUCAAUUUAAGGAAAGAAGCACAGCAACAAAUGUUGAAAUUGAGGUACCUGUUCCUUCAGAUGCCACGAACCCAAAUAUAAGAACUUCAAUGGGUUCUGCUACAUAUGCACCUGAGCGAGAUGCAAUGGUCUGGAAAAUAAAAUCAUUUCCUGGUGGCAAGGAAUACAUGUGCAGAGCAGAAUUUAGUCUACCAAGUAUAGCUGCGGAAGAAGGGGGCCCUGAAAAGAAGGCGCCGAUACGAGUGAAAUUUGAGAUACCAUAUUUCACUGUAUCAGGUAUCCAGGUUCGCUAUCUUAAGAUUAUUGAAAAGAGUGGAUACCAGGCGCUUCCUUGGGUUAGAUACAUCACAAUGGCUGGUGAAUACGAACUGCGACUUCUAUGAGUUUUCUCUGGUGUGAUCUGCUACAAGACACCAAUGAAGCUGCGAAGAUCUGGAGAUACAUAGUUCUUGCUCGUUACAUCGUAUAGAAACAUUGGGACAUUGACAUGGAAGUCUUCUCCCAAAAAGCUCUACCAUGCAUUUUUUUUUUUUGGCUUGUUCAUCCUGCUAGUGUUAUUUACUAUGGUUAUCGCAAGUUACACAUCAAGCAAAAGUUUUGAAGAAAAAAUACUGUUUUCUUUUUGUGCUAACUUGUAUUAUUAUGAUUUAUUUCUCUUGGUGCCAAACUAGUUUUUCCCUUUUGUACCACACAAAUUGUGAGCUGAUUUGAAAGAAGCAUUUUAUCAAUAUAUCUGUGGUGCUUCUACCGUACAUUACAUCA